AUGAGAAACCACCCCUGCUUCUUUCUUGCCGUGUCCACCCACAUCCAUACUGGUCGGGAGGGAAAGAAGGAAGAAAUUUUGACUGAGCAGUUGCGACUGAGAGAGCUCCUGCCCUUGCUCCAGAAAGCGCGAAGCCAGAAGGUGCGCCCCACCCCACCAUCCCACUUUCCAAUUGCCUCUCCCGCCCGCGGACUCACCCCCGGUCUGCGCCUUUCCAGGGAUGGCUACGCAUGUGGCACCGGCUUGUGUCUCUCGCCGCCUCUCAGACUCUCAGUCUCUCGUCUCUCGUCUCACUCUCACCCUCACCCUCACUCUUUGCACUUUUCAUGUCUCGUCCACAAAAUCUAA